CAUAUAUACAAACUUUUGACUUAUUUUUGAAAAAACAAAUCAAGAAAUUUCACUAAAAUUGAACCAAUUAUUUUCAAUGGCUUCCUUAGUUCUUUGUUUGGUCAUUUUGGCAUUUUGCUCUUUACAUUAUAGUUUGGCUUCUAAUAAUUUCAAUCAAGAUUUUGAUGUUACAUGGGGAGAUGGUAGGGCAAAAGUUUUAAACAAUGGCAAACUUCUUACUCUUUCCCUUGACAAAGUUUCUGGCUCCGGUGUUAAAUCCAAGAAAGAAUAUUUGUUUGGAAGGAUUGAUAUGCAACUUAAGCUCGUACGUGGAAAUUCAGCUGGUACAGUUACUACAUAUUACUUAUCAUCACAAGGGUCAACACAUGAUGAGAUAGAUUUUGAAUUCUUGGGAAACCUUAGUGGAGAUCCUUAUAUUGUUCAUACAAAUGUGUAUACUCAAGGCAAAGGUGAUAAGGAACAACAAUUCUACUUAUGGUUUGAUCCCACUGCUGAUUUUCAUACCUACUCCAUUCUUUGGAAUCCACAAACAAUUAUAUUUUAUGUGGAUGGCACACCAAUAAGAGUGUUCAAAAACAUGGAGUCAAGUGGAGUACCUUACCCAAAUAAACAACCUAUGAGAGUCUAUGCAAGUUUAUGGAAUGCAGAUGAUUGGGCCACAAGGGGUGGCCUUGUUAAAACAAAUUGGUCCAAUGCUCCAUUCAUAGCUUAUUUUAGAAAUUUCAAAGACAAUAAUGCUUGUAUUUGGGAAUUUGGAAAAUCAUCAUGCACAAAUUCAACAAAGUCAUGGUUCUAUCAUGAACUUGAUUCUACAAGCCAAGCUAGGUUACAAUGGGUGCAAAAGAACUAUAUGGUUUAUAAUUAUUGUAAUGAUAUUAAUAGGUUCCCUCGAGGCCUUCCUCUAGAGUGCGCUUUCAACUCUACGACUAAUUAAAUCUAGGUUUUCAGACUCUUUUAAAAUGUUAUCAUAUGCAUGUCAAUCUGAUGUACACAUGCAAUCGACAUUUUCUGAGAGGAGGGCACUUUCAAUUCUACGACUAAUUAAAUCUAGGUUUUCAGACUCUUUUAAAAUAUUA